AUGUUUCGUUGGAAUUUUACGAAUGAUACUCACUUUUUACAAGCACGUGCUAUUGGAAAUAAAAAUCAUUCAAACUGCGGAUUUUGGAUAAUUCGAAAUACUCCUUUAAGUCGUCAGAAAUUAUUAGAUUUAAUUGAAUGUCCAGACAAUUUAAAUGAUUGCAGUCAAUGGCGAAAUCGCUUUUCACAUGAACAAGCAGCUUGGAACAUUUACUUUAGACACACAAUGAAGCAAGGUAAAGAAUUUAUUGUUGUUUCAGAAAAUGAAGCGAAUGGUUGGCGCAAUGAGGGUGGAAAAUACGUUACACAUGGAUGGGGACAAAAACAUCGUGUCAAACAAUGGAUGAGCAUGGAGCUACUUAGGCAAAUAAUAAUUUUGAUGCAGAAAUUUAUGAGUGCUAAUCAUUAUGUAGAGUGUAGUUCAUGGGAAAAAAGUCACACAUCCUGUGAUUAA